CCCUCUGCUCUAGUAAACUCGAUUGCUGUAUUUAGUUGCAAUUAUGGUCUUUAACAAAAGCUUUCGAUAAUUAACGAUUGAUUUUUAGUUGAUCAAUUCAUGUGUUAAAAAGUUUUUUUUUGUUUAUAUGGCGCGGAAUUCUAUUUUGUGAACGUUAUUGAAAUAAAAUAAAUAUUUGAUAGCUUUGUAUGGUCAUUUUGUGAAUUCAAAAUGUUGCAAAAGAAAUGGACGUUGAGCGUCGAAUCAAAACAAUACCAUUUGGAGGCUGGUAAGCUCUAUUUAAUAGGAUCUUCAAAGGAUGGGGAAGGCGAUAAUUUACGUAUGGAUAUACCAUUAAAGUCUCAGCAUGUGGACAUAAAGCAUUGUAUUGCGGAUGUCACCAACAACGAUAUAUGUAUCUAUGAUUUACACACUGAGCUUGGUACGUUUGUGAAUGACAAGCGUUUGUGCUCAAUGGUAAAGGAGUGUAUUAGUGAGGAUGCAGAACUUCGGAUUGGUGAUGUAACAGCAAAGUUAAGCCAGCAGUCAUUAGAUGAUAAUGUAAUAGACACUUUUCUUGUGCCUACGCACUCGGCCCCUAGAUCAUCAUUGUCCAAUACGAGUACAAGGUUGUUUAGCUCUCCUGACGUAUCCCUUUUAAAAGAUUCGAGUAAUGAAAGUUUUAACAUUCCUGAAACCCAACAUCAUAAACAACGAACUUCCAUUGUAAAUUCAUCUGUAUUAAAUUCUACAGAGAAGGAAUUAAAUGUUGAAAAGAGUUUCGAAGAUGACUCCUUUAUACCAGAAACUCAAGCCCUAGUAGAACAAAAAAAUAAAACCUUGGAGCUGGAAGUAAGCGCACAUCAAACUAAUGAUAUGAUUCGUAUAUGUACACAAGAUUUUAAUGAAAAUCUGUUUGAGAAUGGCGAGGAUGAUGAAAUGCUUUUUUCAUCUUUGGUAAUUCCAAAAAUUCAGCAUAAACCAGUAAUUUUGUCAAAUAUUUCAGCGGACAAACAACUAAAUAAAGAUGCAUCCAGCACUGUUGAUGCUGAAAUGGAUGUAUUAAAUUGGUCGGCACAAACAUCAAAAAAUGGAACCUUAGACGGCGUCGCUCAGACAACUGUUUGUAAUGAACGCGAGGAUACUACCACGCCUGAUUUGUUCGACUUGCCUGAAGUCGGCCAACCAAGUCUGCAUUCCGCUACUAGUGGGUUAAUUAAUCAGGUUGAAAGUGGACCAAAAGAUGUAAACUCUAACGAAAAAGCUACUUCUAUCUGUAAUAAUUUGUUAAAGACUGUUGAAAAUGAUGGUGAAGGAUAUGCAGAGGAAAUUGAUUUAGCUCCGACGCAGGUAUUUAUACCUAUACCAAAACAACAAAAAGAUGAAUCAGCAGUUCAAGUUGAUUGUGAAUUAUCAUUAAGUGGCAAGGAAAACCUUCCCCAGCUCGAUAUCGAUUUGGAAGAAACCCAAGUUUUUGCACCAAAUAAAGAUAAAGCCAUGACGAAAAAAACUAGCUCGAUAUCGUCGGAUUCAAAUGCAGCAUCAACAAAUGAAGUAAGCGAAGGAAAUUCUAGUUGGUUGGCGCCCACUCAAGUAUUUACAAAAAAAUUAUCUAAUGCAAUGCCACCAUUCAAAGGGCAUGAAAAACCAAUGCAAAAUCCAUCUAUCACAAGGCAAAAAGCAAGCACUGCAGUACAGAUGGAAAGAGUUGAAAACCCAAAAAAUUUGGCGAGUUCAGAGGAGAUUGUCAUGAAAUCAAAUUCAAACAAAAGAAAAGUUAAUUCGAAAAAUGAUGAUUGUUUUAAAAAACCGAAACAGAGUACUUCAAGUUGUACAUCAAAAGGAAAUAUUUCUAGCAUAUGUAGUUCACAAUCCGAAAUGGACGAUCUCCUAUUAUGCACGCCCAAAUGGAUUUCAGAUAAUAUAGAUGUACUUCCAAUAAAACAACCGAUAACGGUUGCUAAAAGACGAAUGCUGUUUGGAGCGGAUUCUGAAGAAGAAUCUGUUGAAUUAAAUAAAUUGGAUGUAAAAAAAGAUUCUAAAGAUUUCGAUAUGUUACUAUCCAAUGUUAAGGAAGGAAAGCUAGAAAAAAAAAUUGAAAAGCCUAAAAGCUUGCAAGUUAAGAAGGAAGUUAUCACUAAUAUAAAUAAUGCUAUCAAAACAAAGAAAAAGCAAGUAGGGCAUGAAGGAAAUAGUGUACAAUCCGACAAUAGUCCAGUCGGAAAGACGGACUCUAAUGCUAAAAAAACUGUUAACGAUGACACAACAAAAGUUGAACGGAAACAAGAAACUGAAAAAAAAGUAGAAGGAGCUAAAAAAAAGAGGACCAGAACUCCAUCAGCAAAAGUUGUCAAAUCAACUGAAGAGGAAGCUGAACCUGUUAGGAGGAUAACACGCCUGAAAUCCCGAACUUGUGAAAAGGAAGAUGAAAAAGGGAAUACAUCCUUAAGUGGUCCUUCGCAGGCGAAGUUUCGUAAAACCGAGCAAACUGAUAGUGUUGAGCAGAGCAAAAAACGCGUAACACGUUCCCGAUCUAAAACAGACUCCCAAGAGAGUGUGAGCUCGACAAAAAAAUCCACGUCUUCAGCGAGCAGUACGUCGAAAGGGAAAGGUGUACUAGAAAAAGAAGCUCGAAAAAAAAUUGAUUCCGACAAUGAGAAAAAGAAGAAAAAGUCUGAGCCCUCGAAAUCUGCCAAAGAUACCAAACCCAAAUCUAGCACAGAUGGAUCAUCAGAUGAUGAAUUUAGAAAACUACGGAGCAAUAGCCGAACCUUGCAGAUAGCGAAGACAAUGGUUGAUGAAGAGGUUUUUCAAAAUUUAAAUGUAAAUUCUUCAGGUAAAUGGUGUGUGGCGAGUGAUCCCACUGAUGCGGACGUAUUAGUUAUGGAUAAAGGAAAUCGUACACUAAAGUUUCUAAUUGCUAUGGCAAAAGGCAUACCAAUUGUGACAACAAAGUGGCUGGAGUCAUUCAACGCUACAAAAAUAAUUCCUCGUGGAAUUACAUAUUUCUUUAGAGAUCAUGAUUUUGAGAAACGACAUAAGUUUUCAUUAUUAAAAUCAUUGGAGUUGGCUAGAAAUCGUAAGCUAUUUGAAGGGUAUGAAUUCUUCACCACGCCAAGUAUUUCGCCAGCACCAGCUGAAAUGAAACAAAUUCUAGAAUGCGCUGGUGGAAUAGUGCAUAACGAACCACAACCGCCAAAAAAGGAUAAAAAGAUUUAUUUGGUGUCCACUAUGAAUGACAAAAAAUAUUGGCAUAAAUAUCGACAUCGUAACUGUACUAUACAUAUAAUUAAUAGCGAGGGCGUAAUGACAGCUGUUAUGCGACAAAUUCCUACUCUAUUGGAUUCAUAUAUCUUUGCUUAAAUAAGAAUGAAGUCUUAAAAGACAUAAGAAACAAAUUCGCAAUAUAUCUUCAAUAACCGAACUUCAUUAGGUAUACGUAACCAGUGCCAGUAAAUAUGAUAGGUAUAUACUCAUAAAUUCGCAGCAAUUUUAUGUUUCCUUUUUAAGAUAUUUUCAUAAAUAUUAUAUGUAGAACACACAUUUUAAUAUUGUUCAUUAAAUUUAUUUGUUAUAUAACUAAGUUACCUUCCGUUAUAUUCGUCCAGAAUUUAUAUGUAUAUAUGCUAAUAUGCAUACAAAUAAUACCCUCAUUUUAAUAUAAAAAUUAUUUAAGUGUUUUCAUAGUAAAUAGUUUUAUUUUACGUCUACAAGAAAAUUGCAUUUUUGUUUAUCAAUAAACGAACGCGUUAAA